CAGUUGGGUGCAGUUUUUUGCUUCCUUCGCGGCCGCAGUCUGUAACGUCAGAAGACAUAAAUACAACAAGACCGCCCGGUUUGCAAUAAGCGAAUACAAAAGCACAGAUGGCUCAACGGUUUAAGACUAUUUUGACAGAUUCGAUUGGGCGUUGAAAUUGAGCACGAUUGCUCAAGAGGAUUAUCAUAAUUAUGCGCGCGUACAUAUGGGUGCUCAAAUUUCUAAUUAGUCCUAAGAGGCCAGAAGAAAUGAAAUAUGAAGAAAUCAAAUUAAUAAAUCAUUUCGAAGGGAGGAGAAAUAUUUAUGCGGAAAGUUUCAGAUUUCGACAGAUACGCAAAGAUGUAGGGGAAUCGUUGGCAAAUUUUUCACUGCGCUUGAAGCAACCUGCGGCUUCGUGUGACUAUGGGGCAUUCCUGGAUGGGAUGCUGACUGAGCAGAUGAUAUUUGGAGUGGAAUUCUGCAACAUUUGUGACGAGAUUGUUACUAAGCAACCAAAAAGUUUCGCAGUGGCAUAUGAGUGUGCCACGGCAAAGGAGUUAACUCAAGUAUCAACGGGUGUAGUAAAUACAGGUGAGAAUAUUACUACAGAACCGACAUGCAAAUUGGGAUUUAUUCCAGUCAAGACGAAAAAUGGUGUGAAGCAGAAGUCGCAUAAAACUACGGAGGUAAGAUGUUAUGGUUGUGGUGGUCGACACGUACUGAAGGAUUGUAAAUUCAAAAACGCAAAGUGUUUUUCAUGCAGCAAGGUAGGCCACAUAAGUAAAGUGUGCAAGUCAAAAACAAAGCAGAUAGAGGAGUCGCUGUUGUCAGAUGAGGAUGAGGAGGCACAUACGUCUCUGAUUGCAACAGUCAGAACAAAAGGCCCAUUCGAUCGGAAAAUGGUCACAAUGAAGAAAGAUGGCCAAAAAUUGGAUAUUGGAACUGGAUACGGGUGCUCCUUGCAGUAUUAUUAGCUUGCAGAAUUUAAAGAACAUAAAGCAGUUACCAGUGUUACAGAAAGCGGUCCGGCGAUUUUCAAGUUAUACGGGGCACAAGAUUACGCGCAUAGGACCUACCGUGGUGAAUGUGGGCAGAACCAGUCGUAGGCUUAACUUAUACGUAGUUGAUGGCGAUUGUGACACAUUAUGUGUGUGAGUGAGUUGAUCGCACAUUUUGCUCGAGAAAUAAAUGUUGCCAAAUUGUUCCAAGACCCAAUAGAAGCAUCAACGAGGAUGAAAUUGUCAUCAGCGGCAGGAGAGAAGAUAGCAUCUAUAGCAGUAAAAACCCCAUAUAAAGAUAUAUUCAGUGAUGCAGCGGGUAAGUUCAAAGGUCCUCCUAUUAAAGUGCAAUUAAAUCAAGAUGCUACGUCAAAAUUUGAAAGACCCCGAGAAAUCGCAUUCGCAUUACGGGAUGCGUAUGCCAAAGAAAUAGAUGCUAAGAUUGCGGCGGGUUUUUACGAAAGCUUAGGGUAUUCAGAAGUGACGAAGAAGAAUGGAGGUAUACGUAUUAGGGGUAACUUCAAACCAACCGUAAAUCCACAAAUUGUAAUAGAUGAACACCCAAUUCCGAAAGCGGAGGAUAUUUUCAACAGGAUGAAGGGCUCAACGGUGUUUGCCCAUUUGGAUAUUACAGACGCGUAUUCAAACUUGGUCCUUGACGAGGAAUUUGCCCAUGUCCUGACGCUGAUACUCCAACACAUGGACUGAUACGUCCAAGAAUUUUAUGGAGCCGCCAACAUUUGCUAUUUGGCAAAGAACGAUGGAAAUGGCUAUAGAUGACAUUCCUAAUAUUCUUAAUUUUUUCGACGAUAUUCUGAUGUUUGCAACAUAUGUUGAUGAUCUGUUGAAAGUUCUUGAGACUGCAUUAUACAAGUUAAAGGAAUUUGGAUUAAAGUUAAACAAAAAGAAGAGCGUAUUUGUGACGUCAUCGACUGAAUUUCUAGGUCACAAAAUCGACGUCAAAGGAAUUUAUAAAUCUAACAAACACAUUGAAGCGAUUAUGCAUGCGACAAGCCCAAGAACGUUGGAGGAGUUACAAUUAUUUUUGGGAAAGGCGUCGUAUUAUUCGAAUUUCAUACCAAACCUGUCUACAUUUGAGAGUCCACUUCGGGACGUUUUGAGAAAAGGAACAUUCUAUUGGAAUAAAGAUACAGAUGCGGCAUACACCACAAUUAAGCAACUCUUGAUAUCUCCGCAAGUACUGAUCCCGUACGAUCCAGCAUUGCCUAAUCUACUUCCAAUGGAUGCCAGUAAAACGGGACUGAGAGCUGUUCUGUCGCAUCGUCUUUCUAAUGGACUGGGACGUCCAAUGGCUUAUGCGAGCCGCACCAUGAACGCGACGGAGCAAAGAUAUUCACAAAUCGAUAAAGAGGCACUGUCCAUAGUGUGGGCCGUCCAAAAGUUUUUCAAGUACCUGUAUGCCUGUAUUUUUUUGUCUCGAGUAACUCCAGCCAACAGAGUGAAUUAGCUCAGUUUUGAUAAGGCCAUAUGUAAUAACCUUAAUGAAUUCGACAGUUUCGUGUUUCGCCAAAUUAAUCAUUUACCGGUAACUGCUGAACGAAUUGCGCUGGAAACGAGAAAGGAUCCAUAUCUUGAUAGGAUUACAAAGUUAUUUGAAAGUGUACAGUGUUUGUCAAAAGCUGGUUACAAAUCACCUACAAAGUUUCGUCAGGGUGUUUAAUGUUUGAGCCCCGAAUUGCGGUCCCUCCUAGAUUUCGGGGCGAUUUAAUGAAAGAUUUGCAUGGCGCCCAUCUAGGAAUGGUUAAGAUGAAAGGCAUAGCCAGGUCCUUCGUUUAUUAACCGGACAUUGACAAAUACAUUGAGAACACUGCGAGGGAAUGCAAGAAAUGUGCAAAAUAUGCAAAUGUCCCGAAAAAGUGCACAGAUCAUCAUUGGCAGUACCCCAAGGCUCCGCGGAAACGAGUGCACAUAGAUUAUGCGGGUCCCUUUGAGGGAAU